AUGGAGCUCGAGGAGUCCCCGUCGCCCCUCCGACCCCUGGACGAGAACCCGCGGGUGCCUAAGGGCGACGGCGCCAAGAAGCGGCUCUCGGUAGAGCGGAUCUACCAGAAGAAGACGCAGCUGGAGCACAUCCUGCUCCGGCCCGACACCUACAUCGGCUCCGUGGAGCUGGUGACCCAGCAAAUGUGGGUUUUUGAUGAGGAUGUGGGCCUUAACUGCAGAGAUGUAACCUAUGUGCCUGGCUUGUACAAAAUCUUUGAUGAGAUUCUAGUCAAUGCUGCAGACAACAAGCAGAGGGAUAAAAACAUGUCAUGCAUUAAAAUUACAAUUGAUCCAGAGAAUAACACAAUCAGUGUAUGGAACAAUGGGAAAGGUAUUCCAGUUGUUGAACACAAAGUGGAGAAAGUCUAUGUGCCUGCUCUUAUUUUUGGCCAGCUAUUAACAUCGAGCAACUAUGAUGAUGAUGAAAAGAAAGUCACAGGUGGCCGAAAUGGUUAUGGAGCCAAACUGUGCAACAUAUUUAGCACAAAAUUUACAGUAGAAACUGCGUGUCGUGAAUACAAAAAAUUAUUUAAGCAGACCUGGACAGACAACAUGGGAAAGGCUGGUGAAAUGAAACUGAAAUAUUUUGAUGGAGAAGAUUAUACAUGUAUCACUUUCCAACCUGACCUGUCAAAGUUUAAAAUGACAAUUCUGGAUAAAGACAUUGUAGCUCUAAUGUCUCGAAGAGCAUAUGAUAUUGCUGGAUCCACAAAGGAUGUCAAAGUUUUCCUAAAUGGAAAGAGACUACCUGUAAAAGGAUUCCGUAGCUACGUGGACCUCUAUAUAAAGGACAAAGUAGAUGAAACUGGUAAUACCCUUAAGGUUAUCCAUGAGGAACCAAAUUCUCGGUGGGAAGUGUGUUUGACUUUAAGUGAAAAAGGCUUCCAGCAAGUUAGCUUUGUCAACAGCAUUGCUACAACAAAGGGUGGCAGACAUGUUGAUUACGUAGCUGACCAGAUUGUGACUAAACUCAUUGAAGUUGUGAAGAAGAAGAACAAAAACGGAGUUGGAGUGAAGCCUUUUCAGGUGAAGAACCACAUGUGGAUUUUUGUGAAUGCUUUGAUUGAAAACCCAACCUUUGACUCUCAGACUAAGGAGAACAUGACUCUACAGGCAAAGAACUUUGGCUCAACGUGUAAACUGAGUGAAAAAUUUAUCAAGGGUGCAGUCGGCUGUGGUAUUGUUGAAAGUAUCCUAAACUGGGUAAAAUUUAAAGCUCAGACCCAGCUGAAUAAGAAAUGUUCAGCUGUGAAACACACUAAGAUUAAGGGCAUUCCUAAACUGGAUGAUGCCAAUGAUGCUGGCAGCAAGAAUUCUAUAAACUGCACACUUAUCCUGACUGAGGGAGACUCAGCCAAAACACUGGCUGUUUCUGGUCUAGGAGUGGUUGGUAGAGACAAAUAUGGAGUAUUUCCUCUUCGCGGGAAAAUACUCAAUGUUCGAGAAGCUUCUCAUAAACAGAUUAUGGAAAAUGCCGAAAUCAACAACCUCAUCAAGAUUGUGGGUUUACAAUAUAAAAAGAACUAUGAAGAUCACGAAUCUUUAAAGAGUCUUCGCUAUGGAAAGAUUAUGAUUAUGACAGAUCAGGAUCAAGAUGGUUCUCAUAUCAAAGGCUUGCUGAUUAACUUCAUCCAUCAUAACUGGCCAUCUCUUCUAAGACAUAACUUCUUGGAGGAAUUUAUUACUCCUAUCAUUAAGGUCUCCAAAAACAAAGAAGAAAUACCAUUCUACAGCAUUCCUGAAUUUGAAGAAUGGAAAAACAGUACACAGAAUCACAAUUCAUGGAAAAUCAAGUACUAUAAAGGUUUGGGUACCAGCACAUCGAAGGAGGCUAAAGAAUACUUUGCAGAUAUGGCAAAACAUCGAAUUGGCUUCAAAUAUUCUGGUCCUGAGGAUGAUGCUGCAAUCACCCUGGCCUUCAGCAAGAAGAAGGUAGAAGAGCGAAAGGAAUGGCUGACUAAUUUCAUGGAGGAUAGAAGACAGCGGAAGCUGCGUGGCUUGCCAGAGGACUACUUAUAUGGGAAAAGUAGUAACUGGCUGACAUACAAUGACUUCAUCAACAAGGAGUUAGUCCUGUUCUCAAAUGCUGAUAAUGAAAGAUCAAUCCCAUCUCUGGUUGAUGGUUUGAAGCCAGGUCAAAGAAAAGUUCUGUUCACAUGUUUCAAAAGAAAUGAUAAGCGAGAGGUGAAGGUUGCUCAACUGGCUGGUUCUGUAGCUGAGAUGUCCUCAUACCAUCAUGGUGAAGCAUCACUGAUGAUGACUAUCAUUAACUUAGCUCAGAACUUUGUGGGCAGCAACAACCUCAACUUGCUACAGCCUAUUGGACAGUUUGGCACAAGGCUGCAUGGUGGGAAAGACUCCGCCAGCCCUCGAUACAUCUUUACAAUGCUCAGCCCGCUAGCACGGUUGCUGUUUCCGCCAAUGGAUGACAAUAUCCUGAGAUUUCUAUAUGAUGACAAUCAACGUGUGGAGCCAGAAUGGUAUAUCCCCAUCAUCCCAAUGGUGCUGAUAAAUGGAGCAGAAGGGAUUGGUACUGGCUGGUCCUGUAAGAUCCCCAACUUUGAUAUCAGAGAAGUUGUGAAUAAUAUUCGUCGACUAAUGGAUGGAGAAGAACCCUUGCCAAUGCUUCCUAGCUAUAAGAAUUUCAAAGGCACAAUAGAUGAGCUGGGACCAAAUCAGUAUGUGAUAAGUGGUGAAGUGUCUAUCCUUGAUUCUACAACAAUUGAGAUCUCUGAGCUGCCUGUCAGAACAUGGACACAGACUUACAAAGAGCAAGUUCUGGAGCCAAUGUUAAGUGGUACUGAGAAGACACCCCCACUGAUCACAGACUAUAAAGAAUAUCACACAGACACCACGGUGAAGUUUAUAGUGAAGAUGAGUGAAGAGAAACUAGCUGAAGCUGAAACAGUGGGGCUGCAUAAGGUCUUCAAACUCCAAACAAAUUUGACAUGCAACUCCAUGGUUCUUUUUGACCAUGUUGGCUUUCUCAAGAAGUAUGAGUCUCCUCAGGAUAUUCUAAAAGAGUUCUUUGAACUCAGACUCCGAUAUUACAGUUUGAGGAAAGAAUGGAUUAUUGGAAUGUUAGGUGCCGACUGUGCAAAACUGAACAACCAGGCUCGUUUCAUCUUGGAGAAAAUAGAUGGCAAAAUUGUGAUUGAAAACAAACCCAAGAAGGAGCUGAUUCAAGUCCUUAUUCAGAGAGGGUAUGAAUCGGAUCCAGUGAAGGCUUGGAAGGAAUUGCAAAACAAGGAAGAAGAAGAAGAAGAGGAUGAGAGUGAUAAAGAAUCAGCUCCAACUGCUGGACCAGACUUCAACUAUCUACUGAACAUGCCCCUCUGGUAUCUGACUAAAGAAAAGAAAGAUGAGCUCUGUAAGCAGAGAGAUAGCAAAGAAAAGGAGCUGGAAAACCUUAAGUGCAAGAGUUCCUCUGAUCUAUGGAAGGAAGAUCUUGCUGCCUUCAUUGAGGAACUUGAUGCAGUGGAAGCCAGACAACUUCAGGAUGAAAUGGUAGGGUUAACUGGUAAACCUUUAAAAGCAAAAGGAGGGAAAGCAAAGGUGAAGAAGAUGCAACUGACAGAAAUAAUGCCAUCACCUCAUGGCGUAAGGGUUGUUCCUCGGAUAACUGCAGAGAUGAAGGCAGAGGCAGAGAAGAAGACUAAAAAGAAGAUGAAGAGUGAAAAAAAUGAGUCUGACGAGAAUCAAGAAGGAAACUUGUCAGGAGAUAAAGAAUCUUCAAGCCUUAAACAAAGAUUAGCACAGAAGGUUAAUACUGAGAGAGGUACUAAGAGACAGGCUACUUUACCAUUUAAACCAGUAAGGAAAACGAAGAAACGAAACCCUUGGUCUGACUCAGGGUCUGAUUCAGAGUCUGAUGACAUUGAAGUGGCUCCUAGAAGAGAGAGAGUGGUUCGCCAAGCAGCAGCCAAAAUCAAACCCAUGAUCAAUUCGGACUCAGAUGAAGAUCUCUCAGGCUCAGAUGAAGAGUUUGAAUUUCAGGGGAAGAAUGAAGCUAACUUUGACUCAGAUAUAAGCUUUGAAGAAAAACCUGCUCCAAAGCCCAGAGUUGCUCCAAAGAAAACUACUGAAAAAGCAGCCAAAGCUUCCAAGCCACAACCUGUGCAAAGUGCUAUCUCUGCUCAAGUCCAAGAUGUUGACAAUGAAAAUGUAAGCCAAGCUCCUACAGCUCCUUCUGUCUCUGUGCCUCGCGGUAAAGUGGCACCUAAAAAACCUGCUGCAGUUAAGAAGGCCAGUGCAACAAAGGGUAGCCAGCCAUCUAUCAUGGAUAUUCUAGCCAAGAAAAAAGCUGCACCAAAAUCCAACGAGACUGCUUCGAAGGAGAGAUCCUUAGAUACUAAUACUGAAACAGUGGUUCCCAAGAAGCCUGGCCCAACCAAGGGGCGAAAAGUUACAAAAAGACUGCCAAGCUUUUCAGAUUCGGAUUCAGAUUUUGGGUCGAAGCCUUCCAAAUCAGUUGCAGCUAAGAAAUCCAAGCUGGAAGACGAUGAUAGCUAUUCUGUUGAUUUAACGGCUGAUGUGGACAGUGUUGCAGUGAUUAAGCCCCGAACAAGGCCUGGAAAUCUAAAAAAACCUGUGAAAUACUUGGAGGAGUCUGAUGAAGAUGACAUAUUUUGAAUUUUAAAGAUUUUAAACCGCUGAUCCAGAUUGAUCUAUAAAUUUGCUUUGGACAGAGCUCUCGGCAGGCUCUCACCAAAGAACUACAUCUCAGAUCAGAACAUCUUUUUACUGAAUUAAGCUUGUCCACAAAUGUUUGAUACAAGUGAAUACAGCUCUAAUUUUCU